AUGACUGCAGAGGAAGAUACGGCGCAAGAAUAUGCUCCACCUAAGCAGAAGAAAGAGCCUACUGAGACCGAGAAGAGGAGAAAGAAAAUCGUGCCGGGAAGUUUAAUGAAAGCUGAAAUGAGACCAGGAGGUGGUGAUGCUAGACCAUCAGAUGGUGAUCAGGUCGUGUAUCAUUGCACUGUUAGGACAUUGGCUGGAUUUGUCGUCGAGUCUACAAGGUUGGAAUAUGGAGGCAAGGGUACUCCAAUACGACAAGUUUUGGGAAAAAGCAAGAUGUUAUUAGGAUUGAUUGAAGGGCUUCCUACAAUGUUGAAGGGUGAAGUUGCAAUGGUUGUCAGCGAGGAUUUAGGAGUUAUAAAGAAGGUAAUAGAUGAAGGGCAGGGUUGGGAAUCGCCAAGAGAACCAUAUGAAGUAAAAGCUUGGAUUUCUGCAAAGACAGGAGAUGGAAAAGUAAUUCCAUUGCACAAACAAGGAGAACCUUAUUUCUUUACUUUUGGAAAAUCUGAGGUACCAAAAGGUCUUGAGAUGGGACUUGGAACUAUGACACGAGAAGAAAAGGCAGUAAUAUAUGUUACUAAUCAGUACUUGACUGAAUCUCUGCUCAUGUCUGUAGCAGAAGGUUUUGAGGAAGUUCAGUUUGAAGUGGAGCUUGUCCAUUUCACUCAGGUGCGGGACAUGCUUGGAGAUGGGCGCCUGAUAAAGCGUCGGCUUCAUGAUGGAAAAGGUGAGUUUCCUAUGGAUUGCCCUCUUCAUGACAGCCUACUACGCGUUCAUUACAAGGGCAUGCUGCUUAAUGAAGAAAAGACGGUCUUUAUUGAUACAAGAAUUGAUAAUGAUGGUCAGCCUUUAGAGUUCGGCUCUGGAGAAGGGCUUGUGCCUGAAGGUUUUGAAAUGUGUGUUCGUUUAAUGCUUCCUGGAGAGGUAGCUCUUGUUAAUUGCCCUCCUGACUUCGCAUAUGACAAGUUUCCAAGGCCAGCUAAUGUUCCUGAAGGUGCUCAUAUUGAAUGGGAAAUUGAGCUUCUUGGUUUUGAGAUGCCAAAGGAUUGGACCGGUUUGGACUUUCAGAGUAUAAUGGAUGAAGCAGAGAAGAUCAGAAACACAGGAAACAGGCUUUUCAAAGAAGGAAAGUUUGAACUUGCUAAGGCAAAAUAUGAGAAGGUGCUUCGAGAAUUUAAUCAUGUUAAUCCACAAGAUGACGAGGAAGGGAAAGUUUUCCUCAAUGCCAGAAAUUUGUUAAAUCUCAAUGUUGCUGCAUGCUACCUCAAAUUAGGAGAAUGCAAAAAGUCCAUUGAGACAUGCAAUAAGGUUCUGGAAACAAAUCCAGCACAUGUGAAGGCUCUCUAUCGCCGUGGAAUGGCCUACAUUGAAGUUGGAGAUUUUGAGGAAGCAAGGAAUGAUUUUGAAAUGAUGAUGAAAGCCGACAAGUCAUCUGAACCUGAUGCUACAGCAGCUCUUAAAAAACUGAAGCAGAAGCAGCAGGAUGUGGAGAACAAGGCGCGGAGACAAUUUAAAGGGCUAUUUGACAAGAAGCCAGGGGAAAUUGCGGAAGCUGGAACUGACAGCAGAGCAGAAGAGCACAGUACAAGUGAAAAUCAGAAGAAUGGUGAUGAGGAGGAUUCAGAUGGUUCUGACGAAGAGGAUGUUGAAGAUGUGGCCGUUGCACCAAGAGAAGGAUGGUUCUCCCUCUUGUGGCCAACUGGUAGAAGAUUGUUUUCAGCUCUUGGGCUUCAAAGAUGUACGAUAUUGUGA